UGUCAGAACAAGUUUCUUAGUCCCCAAGGAAGCUACGAAUUAUAUUAUUGAUUCUUCAACAGCGCGGAAACCGAAAGGGGGGGAUUAGUCUUCUUCUUCUACUGUAUUCUUUGGUUCUAGAAUUCGUGUCGUCUGAUGCGGAUGUAUAUGGUUGGCUUUGUGAACAGAAAACAGGGAAGAAAGCGCAAUGCAAGUGAAGCAAUGGAGGAGGAGGCUUUACGGGUCAAGAAGAAGAACGACGAGAAGCAGACUGUGGUUGAGGACUGCACGAAAGAUGGCGUGAAGCGGACCCGAAAGGGUCCGAGAAAAGGGUCCCGAAAGGGUUGCAUGAAAGGCAAGGGAGGGCCCUUGAACUCGGCUUGCUCGUACAGAGGGGUCAGGCAGAGGACUUGGGGGAAGUGGGUGUCCGAGAUUCGGAAGCCCAUACGUGGCAACCCCCAGUGGCCUAAGAAAGCCAAAAGGCUGUGGCUCGGCACGUUUGAUUCGGCCCGUGAGGCUGCUCUUGCUUAUGACAAAGCUGCAUCUGUGCUGUAUGGCCCCCAUGCUAUAUUGAACUUCUCCUCCCGCUCGGAGCUGGUGGAACCAGUCGACAUGUCUGAUGAGUCGCCAUGUUCAAUCUCCGCAACGUCGGUUGCCUCGUCUGAGUCCACGACUACUGCGCCAGGCAACUGGCUGCUCGGAGACGAUGAAAAGGAGGUGAAAAUAGUUCAGGAUAAGGCGGUAGAGUCAGAGCUCAAGCUAGACAAUAUCAGAGCAGAAUGUGGAGAUGAUGAUGAGUCGUCCAUGGCAGUAGUCGACUGUCGUCGGCGUGCCAGCGACAAUGAAGCAAUAAGUGAAGUAACGAAAGAGAAAAUUUCAGGGGACAUUGAAGAGGAUUCAGCGAAAACCACCCCUAUAAAUAGUUGGCAACAAAAUAUGUUGACAGAUGAAUCUGAUAAACUUGAUUUCUCUUUCGAGCCAUUGCAGUGCCCAGAUCAGCAGCUUGAUUACAUAAAGAGAUACCUAAUGGAGGACGAGUUUGAUGUUCAUAGUGAUGCCGAAGUUGAUGCCUAUUCGACAUAUUUGUUAACAGAAGAAGAAUGUGAAGCUGCUGGAUGAUAUGGAGCUUUCUGGAUAAUUCAGUGGAUGAUAUUGGAAGAAGAGCUGCAAUGGAUAUAUAUAGACAUAAACUGCAUAUAGGAAGAAGACAGAAACUGCAGAUAGAUUGUGAAGACAGAAACUGCAUGUAGGAAGAAGAGCUAGCUGGUUCUCCAUAAUAGGUAGGUCGAGUAUAUAGUGAAUACAAUUUUCUAGAUUUAGUGCUAUACACAGACAUUCUUUGAUUCAUAUUAACCGAUCAAUUUUGUAUAGUUUGAGCUUCUAUCAUAUGGAUUAAAUAUUAUGUUACCAUAUUAUGAGUUGGAGCCACUCAUAUUAUUAUAGAUAUUAUAGAUAAGUAGUCAUAAUCAUCUUUUCAAUUAACAAUUAGACUGCAGAUGCACCUGUGGAUCGAUGGUCGAAUAAAUGUCCAACUCAAUCAUCGAUCAAUUAGUUAAUGCAUCUUAAGUUUGUAAAUUGAUAUUUUGACAAAUACUCAUUUUUAAAUCAUUUGAAAAUAUGAUAAUUAUGAUUAAAAAUUCAAAUUCAUUUGUAAUUGAAAUUUCUAAUUUGACCAUGAUUGAGAUUUUAAU